ACAAUUCCAUGUUGAUGUUAAUUGUUCUGGUGUCCUUUCAAAACGUAAAGUAUUAGUAAUUGUAUGACGUGGAUUUACGACUCAAAUUUAUAAUAUGACGUCAUGAUUUAAUUCACAAGUUCUGAGGAUACAAUACGCGAUUUGUUAACGUUUCCUUGGAGACAUAAAGCCUUGUUUUCAUUUGAAUAAAACAAGACAACUGUUUGUUUUGACGAUCGUGGAAAAUCAUCUGGAACCUAAAAUCACGGACCUGAAGAUAAAAUCGACAUUAUCCUUGAUAUAAUGAAUACUGAAAAAGAAAAGGAAGAGCCCAGUUUUAAACGACAGAGGUUAGAGGCGAAUUCGGACGACGAAAGCGAAUUUGAUGCCCCUGUACGGACGACAAAAAACGAAUCUGGAAUACAUGUACAUGAAGGCGUAGAACAUGUCCAACUUAUUUCAAAUGGACUUGAAGAUGCUUCUUAUGAUAUUAAAAAAACUGACACAAAUUCUGCUAGUUUUAGAGCAAAUCAGUCUAUUAAACCAUCCAGGAGAGUUCAAGUUGAUAGUUCCAAAAUCAUGCCAAAGCCAAUGCCACCGCCUCAAGCUGUAUUACUAAAGAAAGAUACUCCAAAGUUGACUUUGAAUAAUACACAAACAGUCCAUUCUGUAUCAAAUAUUAAAGAAUUGUUCCCACAAUUUAAAGGUUCAGCGAAUAGACGAGUGUUUGUUGUAAAACCAAUCACCUCGGGUGGUAACAGGAACCCAAUCUUGAAUAGCAAAGAAGAAACAAAGAAUAGAAGUAUUGUUUUAAAGACCGUGUCUACAUCGGUGCCAAACGCAUUUUCUGUGAAGACCCCGAUAGUAUUUACGAACGCACUGACAACGUUACCCAGUGUUGUUGCCCAUACUGCGGGCAUUCCUACCGGACCAUUCGCAUUGAUAUCAAAAGACCGCUAUACAUGUGCAUUUCCCAAUUCUUCAGAUUUCCCUACUCACAUACCCGACGCGUCUUCAAUACAAUGUGGACUUCAAAAUACGUUCAACAUGACGAGCUUCCUCCCCAUAAAAGAUGUAGAUGAUAUUAAAGUGAUAACUAACACACUACAUGUAACUGAGAUGAACAAAAACGAGAGAGAUAAACAAAAAUGGGUCAAUGAUAAAUCUCGGGAAAACAAGGACAUUGCAGAAACUAAUAUAAUUGUAAACGUUUUGUUAGAACAAUGGGAAAGAUACCUGUCAAUGCCGAUGGAAGAUAUGAAAAAGAUAGCAUUGCAACAGGCGCGAUCACUCAAAUACACCGAUACUUUCAUUGAGCUCAUUGAAGAAACUAUGGACGAUAUCGAAAUUUUAUCCAAACAAUAUUGUCUCUAUGAUAUCUCGGUAGAUGAUAUUAAUAUUCAUGUAUUCGAUACCUUUGUGGAAGAUCGUGGGAAUACUAUAGCUACUGACGUCAACAAACAAGAAGUUUCCAGUAAAAAAUCAAUAUAAUUUUACUCAGAUUCAGUAGUGUGCAUUAGAUCCCAAUUGAGUUUUUGAUGGGAUGUAUAUUCACAGUAUUUAGGUAAUAAAGAAUGUCGUGCUCGUUAGAAAACCAUUGAUUGUUCGUUAUGCAAAUGUUCACUUGGAAAAGGAUCCCAUGACCACAAACGUUUGGAUUAAUAUAAUUGCAUUUAUGUCUUCGAUGAAGUCUCAAUUCAAACUGGCUGCAUCGUCAGAAUUGACGUAGGGAGAGGCUUCUUUAUUUACAUGUUUAUGUGUGAAAAGUGCUAAAGUGUACUAAGUACACGCAAGUGUAACGAAGUUAUGGCAAAUAAGUUAUCUUCAUUAGAAUACUGAUUUCUCAGUCGACGCAUUUGACGGGUGGUAUUCCCCAACCGCGUAUCCUUUUAAUGGU